UCUGUUUGCCCACACCUUACCUUACACGGAUAUGAAGAUAACCUAUGGAACACUUCUAUUUGUACCAGAUACCAGAUGGGCUGUAUUCGAUAGUGACUGCUGGAAUGCAUUGAUAUAAAACAAAAUCAGAAAAAUCUUAAAAUUAUAUUUUAUAUCCAUUUCGCUACAAUAUGGGAUAUACAUUCAGCGAUUUCUUACAUGACAUCCUGGCGAUAAGAAAGGUUCUGCUUGUGAUUCUUACGCCUAUUGUGUUGUUGCCUAUUCCAAUCAGUAUACAAACGAAGGAGUCAGAAUGUGCGUAUGUCGUCAUCAUCAUGGCAGUGUAUUGGGUGUCGGAAGCAUUGCCAAUAGCUGUAACAGCAUUGCUGCCUAUCAUUUUAUUCCCUAUGGUCGGGAUGAUGUCUGCAAAAGAUGUUUCAGCAAAAUAUGUCAAUGACACAACCAUGCUAUUCUUUGGUGGGCUUGUGAUAGCAGCUGCCAUUGAACAUUGGAACAUCCACAAACGGAUAGCACUAAGGAUCCUUGUCAUAGUCGGAUCAGAGCCUCAUUGGUUGAUGCUUGGGUAUAUGCUUCCUACGUGGUUUCUGUCCAUGUGGAUAAGUAACACGGCUACCACUGCCAUGAUGAUUCCAAUAGCAAACGCAGUCCUGGUCCAGCUCAAAGACGCCAAGACAAUGAAAGAAACGACAGACCAAUCAGAAAUUAAUGGUAUCGAUAACACGGCCCUAGAAUUGGAAAGUAUAGCUGUUACGGAAAAAAAUGAAGAGGCUAUUGAUAAACCAGACCAGAAUAGUCCAAAAAGUGAGGAUGUUCCUGAUCAGGAAGACAAGUCCGAAUCUGAACAUCUGAGAAUGAGUAAAGCGUUGUCGUUGGCUAUCGCCUACUCUGCCAAUGUUGGGGGCAUCGGUAGCCUGACAGGGACCGGACCUAAUCUCGUCAUGAAGGGACAGAGUGACAUUGUAUUUCAGAAGUAUGGUGCCGAGUCUCCUGUCACCUUUGCUUCCUGGAUGCAAUUCGGACUCCCACUGUCUGCCAUUUGCCUUGUUAUUCUAUGGGUGUGGCUACAGAUUUACUUUCUGCGUUGUAAAUCGUGUUUUAGUUGCUGUCACAAACAGGACGAAGACACAUCUAGACGAGUUACAGAGGUGUUGAGAAGGGAGUAUACUGCUUUAGGUCCCAUUACAUUUGCUCAAGGCGCUGUGAUGGGUCAUUUCUUAUUACUUGUCAUUUUGUGGAUUUCACGUGAUCUGGGUGGAGUCGGUGGAUGGGGAGAUUUGUUCCCGGAGAAAACCGUUACAGAUUCGACUCCAUCCGUUUUGAUAUCAGCAAGUCUCUUCUUGUUUCCGUCCGAGAUACCAAACAUUUUCAGGUUUGGAAAAACAGAUGAAUCCAUUUAUGAUAGCAAAGCUUCUAAAAUGGCCGUUAAACCCUUAAUGUCAUGGAAAGUGGUGGAGAAAUCUAUACCAUGGGGUGUCAUUCUACUGAUUGGUGGCGGAUUUGCACUUGCAAAUGGAAGUCAGGUAUCCGGGUUGUCAUCCUGGCUUGGAGACAAACUGACCGUGUUUAGUAGCUUUGAACCUUGGGUAAUGAAUCUCAUCCUAUGUUACAUCGUAGCGGCCGCUACAGAAGUGACCAGUAACACAGCCAUCUGUACAUUGAUGAUGCCCAUUAUGGCCGAACUGGCAAUAAAAUUGGGAGUGAAUCCGUUAUACUACAUGUUCCCAACCGCCAUCGCCACAUCGUUCGCCUUCAUGCUGCCAGUGGCCACACCCCCUAACGCCGUCGUUUUUUCCUACGGUUAUGUCAAGGUCAUCGAUAUGGUGACGGCUGGUUUCCUAAUGAACAUCAUAGCGGUUUUAGUUCUUAUUGGAGCGACGGAAUCGUGGGGAGAAAGUAUUUUUCAUUUCCACACGGAGCCGGAUUUUUUCAAGAAUUCUACAUUAACUCUUUUGAAUACAACUGUGAAUUCCACCACUACAUGCAUCUGUCCCCCUAUAUCCCUUCCUUUUAAUAGUACACUCUGAUCUCAGCUACCUAUGUUAAAUGUUUAAUGUGACAGUAGGAUGUGAUUAACUGUAGGUUUUUAAAUGUUUUCUUGAAAUACAAAAAAAAACAAGAAACAAAUUCAGGUGAAGCUUCAUUAUUUGAUAACAUAUAAUAACAUAAAUGUAUCUUAUGCGUUUUUACACACAAGCACUCAUAUCAGAUUAAAGAUAUUCCUUAAAAGAUGGUACAAAAUAAUGAAACAUCAUACAGCAUAUUUGUCUUUCGUAAAGGAUAAAGUGUUAAAAGGGUCUUUUAGAUAUUAGGUCCUUUCUAAUAUUCUUUGAGGUAUGGAGUAAAAUGUGUUCUUGUUUGGAAAUAUGAUGGCAUGACUAACUUUAUUAUUAAGAUGUUAGAAUUGCUUAUCAUGAGGAAGGAAAGAAUACUCGAUGAAACUCGACGUGGUCAAACAGAUUUGCCUUUUCACCUCCAAUUCGGUGAUGGAGCCCAUGCUGUAUUGGUAGAUGGCGAGUGUGCUAUCCACUAAGCCACCUGACUAUGACAUUCAAGCUCAACGUUCUUUUUAAAGAACAUCAGAUCGAAUAAUUAACCUAGCCACUGAUAAUAUAUGUAUUCAUUAUUGGCGGCUGGAUGGCACAGAAAACGCUCUCAACUACGAGACCAAGGUUCGAUUCUCUGAUCGACUUAAAUAAACGCGUGUGUCACCUAAUCGACCACGUGGAUAUUCUGUACGUCAUCGUGUUUCCUCUCACAGUAAAACCUUCAAUCUGAGCUCACAAAUAUGACUUGUAUGAGUGGAUAUCAAUUGUGUGUCAAUUGUUGCAAGAUAAAUAGUUUAUAGUUUUAUAUGAUUACCAGAAGUAAAUAAUCAUGACUGAUUAUUUUGAACUAGUUAUCGUUGUAUUGUACAUAAUUGCUUACUUGACACAAAUUAUUAAGUGUUUUUGUCUAAUGACUUGAUGACUUGUCACGUCGGUAGGAAUGAAACAAUUAGCAAGAAGGUCCAGUUUACCUAUAUUUCCUGGUACUUGGUUAUAAAAUGUAUAUUCCUAUGUAUAUUUCUAUGUAUAUUUCUAUGUAUAAUUAUAUGUACAAUUAUAUGCAAAUCAUUGCUUUCGUUUGAAACAAAUACUAAAUGACAUUUGUUUUGUAAAGAAAACGAUAAAUAAUUUGCGUUGUGUGCAAAAUAAUGCAUAUGAAUAUUUUUUUAUUAUUUCUCUAUGUAUCCGGUUACUAGCCUGAUAUCUCACUGUUCUUUGUCUGUAGGUAUAUUGCGUCGUAGACGUCUUAUAAUUUAAAAUAUUCAAUUCAGUUUUAUCUGGCCUUAUUGCUUCCUCUAGCUAUAUGUAACUUCACUUCUUGCUUGGCAAUCUAUGAUCACAUGAGUGAUAUAAUAUUUCAUUGCGCUUUUAGUAAGUUCCAUGCUCUGUAUAUAUAUCUAUAGAAAUGUAAGUAGCUGUAAAGUCUUUGUAAAUAUUUUAUCAUUUCAAAACUCUGGACAUUACUUCAAAAUUAGCAGUUUUACAACAUUUCGGUACAAUAAGUGUAAUAGAUAUGCCCUUGUAAUACCGUUGUAAUUGUAAAACCUCUGUUUAAAUAACGGGCACAUUUUAUUGCAGUUCAUCUCUAUUUUUUUAAUCUAUAUACAAUGUAUACUGUACAUUUAAAUAUUUAUAUAUAUAUUCAGUUUGUACGUUCAUUGUGAUUUCGUGAAUUGCGUUAUCUAAGGUUUCUUUGUCUGCGUUUGAAGUUCCUACAGACGGCAAUAUCUUAUUUGAACUAUACUCCUGAUACAAAACCACCUCACAUAGCACACCAGAUACGACACUGGAAAUCCAACCUACAUGUGACAGUGACGUCAGGCUGAUCAGUCUCAUGCAUUUAAAAGUUGAAGGUUAGGCAAAUAAUUAGUACUUAAUUAAGACUCUUUACUUACGCUGAGGUCAAUACACGUGUUGACAGGUAGAUGCUGGUUAGCCUGUUGUUAACAUGAUAAUUACCUGGAGGUGAUAUGACUUCCUGUCCAGGUUAUGGCAUUUUAUUGUGCAGUUUUAAUAUAUAUACAGACACAUAUAAUAAAAAAAACAGAGAGAUUAAAUUAUUUUCUCAACAACAA